CUGGGGAAGAACGGGACCCGCGUGCGCCUCCCUCUCCUGCGGGCACGAACGGGCGUCACUUCCGGCGUGGGGCGCGAUCUGUUGGGAGUUGGAGGUAGUGGCAAGCCCAGCCCACGUGCGGAGGAGAGGGACGUCCAGGUGCGGUCCAGCCAACGCUCGGCCUCCCUGGGGGCCAUGGCCUCCCCACUGAAGCCGGAGCAGGAUGUGCAGGGUAAGGUCGAGUCGUUUCGGACCCGCAUUGCCCAGGAAGCCGAGGACCUGGUGUCCACCUUCUUCCCGCAGAAGCUCUCCGAGCUGGACAGUCGGGUCCAGGAGCUUCGCCUGCAGGACCUGUCCAGGAUCCGUUCAGUGCCAGCGCCGGCGCCCCCAGCCGUCCCCGACACCGCCGGCGAUGGGCCCAACCGGGAGCCGCAGCUUCUGCAGACGCAGGCUUCGGUCAAAGCACCCAUGCUGCCAGGUGGCGAGGGCCAGGUGCUGCGGAGCAACCAGCAUCUGGUGGAGCUGAUAGAGCAGGUGAAACCCGAGAUCGAGCUAUUACGAGAGAAAUGCAACACAGUGCGCAUAUGGGUGCAGCUGCUCAUCCCCAAGGUGGAGGACGGCAACAACUUUGGAGUGUCCAUCCAGGAAGACACCGUAGACCAGCUGUGGACCGUGGAGAGCACCGCAGCCUCCUACCUGCGCCGCUUCUCUACCUACUACAACACCCGGGCCAAGUUGGUGUCCAAGAUAGUGAAGUACCCGCAGGUGGAAGAUUACCGCCGCACCGUGGCGGAGGUCGACGAGAACGAGUACCUGAGCGUGCGCCAGAUCCUGCUGCACGUGCGGAACCAGUACGCCACCUUGCACGACGUGAUCCUCAAGAACAUAGAGAAGAUCAAGACCCCUCGGAGCACCAAUACCCACAGCCUGUACUGAGCACCUUUCUUCUCCCCUGUUUCCUUCGGCAGUUGGCUGAACUGUCUAGGCAACUGGAAGGCUGCUUGUUAAUGACUCUGCAGGUGAUGAAACCCCUGGAAAUGUGCGUUACUGUUUAAUGAGAAUUUCAUGCAGCUUAUUCUCAUACUGAAUCCUCUUGGGGUGUAAUUUUUGACCUUUCUUUCAGGGAGAGAACAGGGACACACCGUUUGGUCGCACGUGGUUCAGGUUGGCCAAGGAGGAAGGGCUGCCAUUUUAAAAGCAGAUAAAUGUUGGCCAAGGAUUCUUUAUGGCAUUGGUAACCCUGAAGGAUUUCAGGGGUUAUUCACGAAAAACCUGACAUUUAAAAGAAAGUUAAAGGAAACUUUCCCUAAGGCUCUGCUAUUGUUGCUGUUUUCAAACAAGCCUCAGAAAUGCUUUUACGUCAUUUGUAUUUGGUCGAGGAAAGGCUUUUAAAGGGAUGUGUUUAGGUGAUUUUAUAUGCCACUGCUUUAGCAGAUUGCAAUAAAACUUGGUUGUAACACUUUAUGAUGGCCGAAGUGUGCUUACCUUUUAUCUUCAGAUGUAGAGGUCUUCCCUUAGUUGGAUUCUUUCUCUUUUUUUUUUUUUCAACUCUGAUGUGUAAGGAGAAUGAGCAUGUAAGGAGUAGUAGAUGUUCUUUCUAAAGCAGUGAACAUCCAUAUCUCCCUUAGAGUGAAGCGUCUGUGCCAAUGGCUUCCUUGCACAGCCUUCUCCCAUUUCAACAUGUUCUCAUUUCCAUUUUACCCACAGUUUAGAAUUUCUUUUCUGUCACCAUUUAUCUCAUAAGAGCCUCUAAAUUCUUCAGGUUUUUUAUACGUUUACCUUUAUUACUCUUGAUUUUAUUUUUGUCUCCUUUCCCCUUUGCUUCUUAGGAUAUUAGCUGUGGGCCCAAGAGUUUCCCUCUUACGUUAUAGGGAACAUUCUUUACAUCUGAAGACUCUAAAAUGUAACUUUCGGGUUUUUUCUUGCUUUUGCUGCAUCGGUGAGGGGAAACCACUGUUUUCUGCUCACCAGUGAUCUUUACUGUUGGUAUUUUUCAAGUUUAGCUUUUCCAGAGUUCAUGUACAGGUAAAGUAAGGUAUUGCACUGUGAGUCACCUUAUACAUCAGAAUUUCUUGCUUCUGGUGUGAUGUAAUGAAUGCUUUCUCUGUAAUGGCUUUUGUUCAGAAUUUUGUAUUUUCUGAUGAUAAAAGUACUUUAGCCAGUGGAAGUACAUUUAUUCAAGAGCCCCUUUUUUCAGUAGUAGUACUACUUGAGGGCAAAAUAUAACUUCCACUGCUGCUGGAAGUUAUAUAAUACAAGUUUGGCAAAAACAUGAAUGGGAAUUACUUUUUUUUCUUUUUUCCUUUUUUUCCUCUACCAUCAAGGAAACACCCAGAGCAGUGGCAUAGUGGGAGUUAAUUUUGAUAACUUUGUAUUUCUAGGAAUGAGAUUAUUCCUGCGCCUAACAGAUAGCUUUAUCUUUUCCAUAUUCAGUUGAUUUUGCCCUGAUUCCUCAUAAAA